AUGGACACAGGCUCUCGUAUCGUAGCAAGGCUGCCGACCGGUAUUGCUGGCCCUCCAAGGUUGACAACCAACUCCGAAGUCGCGACAAUGACAUAUUUACGAUCCAAGCUGUCACUUCCAUUACCCAAAGUCCUAGAUUGGAGUGACGAUCCAGCUAAUCCGAUCGGCACUGAUCUAUACUUUGCUGAUGCGCCUCUCGAAGCGCAUAUGAAAAUCCCCUUUGAACAAGGGUUCUGUAUCGGACCGCAAUGCAGUCCACUCUUUUGGAAUAGAAGCCCAGGAGAGCUGGAGCUCUACGGAGGACCAAGUCCUAAUUGCGGUCCUUGGCGUGACCUCACAAGCUAUUGCACAGGUCUGAUUGAGACCGGCUUUUCUCGACUACCAAAAGAAGGAAAUGCCAAGCAUCACUUCCCUCACCAAGGGUCGAUUCAAGAUCACGUUCAAUUGCUCCGUACAAGCCAAAAAGUGAUGCAGAGGCUUAUCGAAGAUAAGCGCAUCAAGGAUGCUGCUGCGCCAGCUUUAGUACACCCUGACUUCCACAAGAGAAAUAUAUAUGUCUCAGCAGAAGAUCCCACUGUCAUCACUGGUAUAAUUGACUGGCAAUCAACAAGCAUCGAACCUUCUUUCAUUUAUGCCAACGAGACUCCCGACUUUGCCACUCCUCCUCAAGACAUCGAAGGAGAAAUAUUCGGCAACAGGAAAGGCGAAUCAACCCCUAUUCAGACAGAGAAAGAGCGGAAAGAUGUCUCGAUCUGUUAUCAGACAUACGACGUAUGUAUGAAAGGUCUAACCCCCAAACUUCGACCCGCAAGACUCCUCGAUCCGAUGUUAUUCCGACUCUUCCACUACACCCACGCAACCUGGAGAGAUAGCGCGACUGCUGUCCGUCAAGAACUGAUGGAGCUAUCGGAUCGGUGGUCUGAGCUGGGAUUGCAUGGGACGUGCCCGUAUUCUCUUUCCGACGAAGAACGUAAUAAGCAUGCUAAGGACUAUGAGGACUUUGAAGCGGUGCAGAGUCUCAAGCUGUGGCUCAAACACUCUUUAAAUACGAAUUCUGAUGGCUGGGUUCCGAAUGAUGUUUGGAAUGCGGCUAAGGAUGCUCAUCGGGCGGUUUAUGAUGAGUGGAUUGAGACGGCGAGGGGGUUUGAGGACAAGGGGGAGCAGGGAAUGACGGUGGAGAAGGCGGAGAGGUUGUGGCCGUUUGAUGAGAGAUAA